GCUUAGCAUCUGAGAAGGAAAAGCAACGGAGGCUCAGUUAUUGACAGAGCAGGGGAAGAACACUCGUGGAAGGACCCAGAAGGAUCAGCCAGCCAUGCCUCCAGUUCAGGUACAAGGGAUAACCAAUUGGCUGAUAAAGUAACAAAUGAAAAGUAACCUGACUCCACUGACCUGUGCAACCCAGCAGGAAGGAUGGAAAAGAGGGGCCCUUAGCCUUGCCACAGUAGGACGGGUAUGGAGUAGAGCUCCGUUCCUCGCUGCCUCUGUCUCCUGUCUCUCUGCACAUCUGUUUCCAGACUUGGUGAAAACAGCAAGUUCUUCCCGUCGGAGGACAGAAUUGGAGUCAUAGGAACAGAUUGAGAAAUGGCAUGUAACGCACCCAACCAAAGACAGCGGACUUUGUCAACAUCAGGAGAAAGUCUAUAUGAAAUUCUUGGUCUGCAUAAGGGAGCAUCAUGUGAAGAAAUUAAGAAAACCUACAGAAAAUUAGCCCUGCGACACCAUCCAGACAAGAAUCCAGAUGACCCAUCUGCUGCUGAGAAGUUUAAAGAAAUCAACAACGCCCACACAAUCCUCACCGACACCUCAAAGAGAAACAUAUAUGACAAGUAUGGAUCGCUGGGACUCUACGUGGCUGAACAAUUUGGAGAUGAAAACGUUAACACAUACUUCAUGUUGUCAAGCUGGUGGGCAAAGACCCUGUUCAUCAUCAUUGGCCUCUUGACCGGCUGCUAUUUUUGUUGCUGCCUUUGCUGCUGCUGCAACUGUUGUUGUGGACAUUGUCGGCCCAAAUCAUCGACACCAGAAGAGGAGUUCUAUGUGUCACCAGAGGACCUUGAGGAGCAGAUCAGAACUGACAUGGAGAAAGAUAUGGACUUUCCAGUUGUUCUCCAGCCUACAAAUACAAAUGAGAAAACACAGCUAAUCAGAGAAGGAUCUCGAAGUUACUGCACAGACUCUUAAUGUUGGCCCGUGGAGGGUCCACAGCUCCUCUUUUUGGUUCAGCCAUGUCUCUGGGUGGUCAUCGGGGAAGUGCAAACAUGAAAUGCUGUGAACAUAUUCACAUUUGUAUUUUAUUUUUAGGUUAAGGGGAAGAUGAUUGCUACAUAAUUUUCUCAGACUUUCUCUUUGAGUAGAAUCCUAAUCAAAAGCAUUCAGUUUGAUGAAUAAAGGCCUGAAGAGUU